AAAAGUUUUUAUGCCUGUCCUUCGUUGUGUCCUUUCUACCAUCUCUGUCAGGCAAGUCUUCUCAACUCUGAUGAAGAGUCUUGUACAGGGAAAGACAUAGCUACCUUUAAACAGUCCUUUGCGAAAUCUAAUGAUCGCAACGAAAGAAAUAAACCAGAGCAUCGUUCCUCAAGCCAAGGACCCUUGUCAUCCAUUAGAGCGGUAAUCAAGAGAUCUUCUCGGACUUCUAUUCAGAGUGAACUUCAUCGAGAUAGGAGGCGCCCAGAGAUUACCAUUGUGGCAGCUGAGCCGCUGAGUCCAGCCUCGUGGUUUCCAGGAGCCCCACCCCCAGGAUUGGGAUAUCCCCCAUCUUCUGCAGCACGCACUUGGAGGUCGAAUGAGCUGGUUCCUGCCGAGCUUCCACCAUCUUAUGAACAAGUCAUAAAAGAAAUCAACCAAGUUCAAGUUAACACUACAAAUAAUAACAAUGCUGCUGCCACUCCAAGGCACACUAUUACUUCUGCAACUCAGACUGACUUUUCAGAAGAAAUAGACAACCAUCUGCCUCAAACACUACAGGCACCUCUCAAGCCUCUUCAGCCUUCCGCAGAAUUCUCAUCUGGUGAUCUUCCAACAAAUGUAGCGCCUUUAAUAGUCUUUGAUAUUUCCGAAGAACAAACUUGUUCAGAAAACCCGAGUGCUACAAAAUGUCCAGUGCCAAGACCAAGAUCAAAAAGCAACCUCAGACCAAUAGCCAGAGAUACUCACAUUAAAGAGCAAAGUCACCAGAAAAUCAGCCCAGCAGCCACAGAAGAGUCAUCCCCAGGCCUGCUCCAGUCUCUGUUGGACAAUACCAACGACUUUGAUAGUCAGGCAGUGAUGAACAUUAUGAACACAGAACAAAGCCAAAAUAGUAUUGUGUCAAGGAUCAAAGCAUUUGAGGGUCAGACAAACAUAGAAACCUCAGCACUACCCAAGAAACCAGAAAUUACUCCCCGCACGCUUCCCCCAAAGCCUGCUGUUUCCUCGGGAAAACCCUCUGUGGCUCCCAAGCCAGCUGCUCAUAGAGCUUCUGGAGAAUGGGACUCUUGGACUGAAAACAGACUGAAGGUGACCUCCAGGGAAGGGCUCACCCCACAUUCUCCACCACAAGAAGCAGGAAGCAUCCCAUUAACCAAACCUGAAUUGCCAAAGAAACCAAAUCCUGGCCUUAUACGGAGUCUUAAUCAUGAGAUUCCAGGAGGAGGGCCUGUGGCUGAGAACCCUGAUGGUGGGAAGAAAGUCCCAACUCCUGCUCCACGGCCUUUGCUGCCGAAGAAAUCAAUUUCCUCAGAAAACACCACCUACCCUUCAGUUCCACUGAAACCGGUCACUGUUCCUCCCCGACUCUCAGUGGUGCCACAAGCCAAAGCAUUCAGGUCACUGGAAGAAGGGCCUCUGGCCCACCCUCCAGUUCCAGUUCUGCAAAGCAAGCCCUUGGGGGACGUUGACCUCAUCAGCUUUGAUGAUGAUGUUUUACCCACCCCAUCUGGGAACCUGGCUGAAGAAUCUAUCAGUUCAGAGACGGUUCUAGAUCCCUUUCAGCUCCCCACAAAAACAGAACCAACAAAAGAAGGAGCAGUUCAGCCAGCACCUACCAGAAAGCCCACUGUAAUUCGAAUCCCAGCCAAACCAGGAAAAUGUUUACAUGAGGAUUCACAAAGCCCACCCCCUCUCCCUGCUGAAAAACCUAUUGGAAACACUUACAGUGUAGUAUCUGGAAAACUCAGUAAUGUUGACAGAAUUAGAAACUUGGAACCUGAGCACACUGGUCAAACAGGAGGUCUUAUGCGAGGACCCCCAAGGUUGCCACCUAGACCCGUAAACGGAAAAGCCAUUUCAACUCGGCAGCCUCCUCCCAAGGGAGCCCCUGAGAGACCACCUCCCCCCAAACUUUCUGCGACCAGAACAUCAAGUAAAAAACUGCCUUUUAAUCGGUCCUCUUCUGACAUGGAUCUUCAGAAAAAACAAAGUAACUUGGCAUCUGGACUCUCAAAAGCCAAGAGUCAAGUCUUUAGAAAUCAAGAUCCGGUGCUACCCCCUCGCCCCAAACCGGGACACCCUCUCUACAGGAAAUACAUGGUAAAUUUGGCUUUUGAAAAU